AUGCCACCACCGGACUCUGACAAGGCCCCAAAGCCUCGCAACCUGCGCGACUACCACCGACCUCCGAGGAUAAAGCUGGGUGCGGUAGGCAGUCGCAUCCCCGCACUCAGUGCCGAUUCAAAGCGGUCCGUCCAAGGUCUCACACGAAACAGCGCAUGUGCUCACUCGUUAGCUCCCGGCAAGAUGUCUGCGGAACCUUUCAGCGUACAAGGCACCGCCGGAGCGGAUACCCUUUCCGCGGACACGGUGUGCGGCUGUAUUAGUCGCGUUGUUUGUCGGGCGGAGGGGGGAUCUACAUGUCUUGUUGAGCCGGCGCUCCUCGACGCUGAGAUCGUAUGCCGGAGAUACCGCGCUGCCCGGUGGGAAGGUCGAUCCGGACGAUGGAUCAUUGGAGGAUGCCGCGGUAAGCGAUCCUUGUCUUCGUCGGAUGAGGAUUUCUCAGUCUCGAAGCGCAGGGAGGCAUUUGAGGAGAUUGGCCUUCCUGCGGACAAACUCAAGGUCCCAUUACUAUGCAUUCUGAGCCCCGUCGUCGCCUCCAAUUACCUCGUCGUCACACCUGUAGUCGUGCUCAUCCUCGACAACACUCUGCGUCCAAUCCUCAACACCGCAGAAGUCGCAUCCCUCUUCUCCCAUCCACUGGCCUCUUUCCUGUCCUCUUCCCCGCCGUUUUCUACCGAGCCAGAGCUUGUCGAAGUCCCGUACCACACCACCAGUGAUUGGCGCUACCCCGGGCCAAACGGCCAGAUGUACUUCUCCCGUGGGCACCGGUUUCUGACCGGUCGCGAGGCCGGUGGGAUCAAGCCCGUGUUCGGGCUCACUGCCGCGAUUCUGAUCGACGCUGCAUGCAUCGCUCAUCGACGUGCGCCAGAUUUCGAGCUCACGCAUCCGGAGGGAAUGACGCGUGAGGCCCGGCUGGCGUGGAUUGUCUACAGCCAGCCGGCCUUCCGGACGGCGUAUGAGGCGGAGGGCAUUGAGGUCGAUUGGGAGCAGAUCCGGAGGCUGGCAGGCGUGGUUGAUGACCGGGGAGAUAUUGAUCGAAAGGGGGACGAGAAGAAGGAUACUCUUUCAAAACAGCGGAGGAGAAUUCCAAAAAACAAAAGUAAGCUCUAGUCGUGCAACGCCAGAGUCAAUGUCGUAUCUGCACAGUACUUCAUCUGUGCAUCUGUGCCAUGGUGCAGGGCCGAGCCUUACAUAUGGGAAGGAAUCUUCAG